AAGAGAUUCUCUCUCCAGGUGAGAGUGCACACGCGCUUUCUUAUCCCACUCACCGCUUUCCCCAACUAGGGUUUAAACACAAAGGGGGGAAUCUGAUUCAAGGAAGGAGCCUGUGACCGAAAAAUAGAAAUCUCGAAUCUGCUUCUUUCUUGAAUUGAAGAUUCGAUCAUUUCUCUCUUUUUUGUGAUUUAUAAUUGUUAAGCUGAGAAGAAGGGAAGACGCAGAAGCCACAUUGAAAUGGGAAGAGGGAAGUUCAAGGGCAAGCCCACUGGGCGCCGCCAUUUCUCCACCCCCGAAGAGAUGUUGGCUGGUAGCUCCACUCGUCCUCGUACAUUCAAGAAGGAGCAAGCUGAGGCGGAAGAAGAUGAGACGUCUGAUGUGCAGUUCGAAGAGGAAUCCGAGGACGAAUCUGAAAAAGCGAAAGGCCCCCAAGCUGUCAUUCAGAUUGAAAAUCCCAAUCUGGUGAAGCCAAAGAACUUGAAAGCACGUGAUGUUGAUAUAGAGAAAACAACUGAGCUAUCGAGGCGUGAAAGAGAGGAGAUUGAAAGGCAGCGAGCUCAUGAAAGGUAUAUGAGGCUGCAAGAACAAGGAAAGACUGAACAAGCAAGGAAAGAUUUAGAACGUUUGGCCCUUAUAAGACAACAAAGAGCUGAAGCUGCUAAGAAGCGUGAAGAGGAGAAAGCUGCCAAAGAACAAAAGAAGAUGGAAGCCCGCAAAUGAUUUGAUAUGUUUGGAGAAAUGGUGUUAAACGAAGUUCGUUGGUAUAUGGAACUGAGCUUCAGUUAGUUUGGCUUAUUAAACAAAUAUUCAGCAGUUAACACUGUUCACUCCAUUUACCAUUUCACUUUCUGCUAUGUUGCUGUAUUUGGAAAAGACAUAAUACCCAUGCUUUGUCGUAAGUAUACAGAAUGGUAUAUAUUUGGCAUUAUAUUGCAAAAAACACAAUAAAUUUCUUAUA